GCUCAUCGACAAUAUCAAGAGAUCCCGGAAUAGCUGAUACUCAGGUCACGGGAGGAGAUAAUGGACAACGCUAAGGAAUCUGCUAAGGCAGAUUCUGCCACGGUGGGCACACCGGAAGUUAAGGACGUCAAGCCAAAGAAGCCUGCUGGUUUCUCGAACCCUGCGUUGAAAGCCAUGGGGAUCAACUCAAUCCGGUUGCCUUCUCGUAAUUGGAUGAUCUUCUGGUGUGUUGUUGCUACUGGUGUUGGCGGCUACGCCUAUGAUAAGUAUGAGCAGAAGCGCUUGAGAAAGAAGUGGAUGGAUAGGGUGGCGAAGUAUGGUGCGGAGCCGCUUUCUCCAGACUUGACUGCUAGGAAAGUCACCGUGUACGUUGCGCCUCCACCAAGUGACUAUUUGGAUGAAUCGCUGGCUGUCUUUAGACGCUACGUUAAGCCAAUCCUUAACGCUGGUGGAGUCGACUUCCAAAUUCAAAGUGAGAACAGACAAGGUGUUAUCCGCUCGACGGUUGCUGCCGAGAUACGUUCGCUCCGUCGUGAAGUCCUCAACAACACUGAGAGGCUCGAAAGGGAGAAAGAGGCGAAGAAGUGGUACAACAGACUCAAGCGCUUCUUGUCACGCUCCAAGGACGAAGCUGUGAACCUCGAGGCUGUGGAGGACAAAAUCUCGCAGGAUAAGUAUACAUUAACAAAUCUUUUGGGUGUCUAUUACAAGAAUGCACUCGAUGAGGGGAAAUUGCACAACGAAGAUGCAUUUGUCAGUGAUCCUACUGCCAAUGGUGGUGUCAUUUGUAUCGGUAGAGGUGCAUACAAGGAAUACUUACACGGAUUACAUGAGGGACUAUUAGGUCCGUUGGAGAAGCCAAUUGAUAGUGUCGAUAUCGAUGUUCCCGUUGAAGGAACAAAGGAUAAGGACUCCACUCCUGAAUCAGAAUCCAGUGAUACUUUGGAGGGUGCUGAAGUGGCAGUUGUAGCUGGUGAGCAGCUUCAGAGCGAAGAUAUUGAUCAAAAAGAACAUAAAGACGCCAAUGGUGAAACUAAUGACAAGACUAACGAUGAAUCUAACGAUGAAAACAGCGAAGAAGGUGAAAAACUUGCAAAGGUUCCACGUCCUUUCAUUGAUCCACUGGAAUACUCUAAAACAGCACUUGCACCAGAGUUGUCAUUUGAAGGCAAGAUCCAAACAGACUCAAAGGUAUCCCCUGUUUUCCAACAGCCAAUUGCUGUUAUCCCCGUUUACCAUUUGAUUGGAUUCCUUCAAACCCCAGUACGUAUCUGGAGAUUCUACCACAAGCGUGAAUUAACCGACGAGUAUGGUCGUUUGACUUGCGCAGUUGUUGAAAAUCUGAGAAGAAAAUUCACCCCGGAGGACGUUGAUUGGGCAAAGGACGAGGAAAAGGAUUGGCCUUCCAAAUGGGUUCAAAAGGGUAUCGAUAAAGGAAGCGAAUGGAUCCAGGAUACAGUUGUUGAUGAUAGAGUGCUAAAUAUACUAUCUGUCUACGACGCUUCAUCCAUUAAGGAUGAAAAGGAAUGAAAAUUCUGUGUCAUGAUUCAUGAAGACGUUUUAGAUUACACAUGAGAAAAAGAACAAGUACUGUACAUAUGCUGAAUCUCACCUUUUGUUUUAUGAGUCUUCCUUUGGGCUUCUACUUCAAAUUCAUUCUUUCUGCUUUCUUUUCUCUCCCUAUACUUUCUAAUUCCAACGAUCUAGAUUGUUACUUAUUUUCUUCUCUUCUGUAUUAUUUGUGAGAAAACUUAUGCUGUGCUUGUACGAG